UGAUGGUGGUGGUGGUGGUGACAGCGCGUUCCUCUCCCCGCCCUCAGCAGGAGCAGGUUGCGUCAAACACGCUCCUCCUCUCCCGUUUGCAGCCCUAAACGCUUCUGCUCAUCCCCAUCACAGGAGCGCGGACAGGAUGGAGGACCUGUUAAAUGAGUGGCUGUGGCGGGAUGAGUACUGGCUUCCUCCUGGUAUCCACUGGCAGGACAUUGAGAUGAAGGAGGACGAGGGCCACUAUCCUGUACCCAGGGAUCUCAUCUACACCUUGCCUCUGGCCUUCGCCUUUAUAGCCUUCAGAUAUGUCUUUGAGAGGACCAUCGCAGUCCCAUUAAGUAAAUGUUUAGGUGUGAAGGACCGGAUCCGUAUUCGACCCGCUUCUAUCCCAAAGCUGGAGACCUUCUACAAGCAGAACAAUCGGCAGCCAACGCAAAGUGAGGUGGUGAACUUGGGGAAGCAGUGUGGACUCUCGCAGAGAAAGAUCCAGACCUGGUUCAGACACAGAAGGAACCAAGACCGACCCAGCAACACCAAAAAGUUCUGCGAGGCCUCCUGGCGUUUUGUCUUCUACUUCAUAGCGUUCACUGCAGGGCUCGCCUCUUUAAUUAAUGCACCAUGGUCCUGGGAUCUCAGAGAGUGCUGGAGGGGUUACCCCAAACAGCCGGUGUCCGAGGCUCAUUACUGGUAUUACAUCAUGGAAAUGGGCUUCUAUGUGUCGCUGCUCCUGUGUGUCUCUGUGGAUGUCAAGCGAAAAGAUUUCAAGGAACAGGUGAUUCAUCACAUUGCCACCAUAUUCCUCAUUGGUUUCUCCUACUGCGCCAACUUUGUGAGAGUUGGCACUCUGGUGAUGCUGUUGCAUGACUCUUCAGACGUCCUUCUAGAGUCUGCGAAGAUGCUUCACUAUGGUGGCUGGACAAAGAUAUGUGACUCCCUAUUUGUCGUCUUCGCUCUGGUCUUCCUGUGGACAAGGCUGGUGGUGUUCCCUGGAAGAGUGCUCCAUACAACCCUGGUGUUGUCUCUGGAGUUCUUCGAGCCCUUCUGUGGUUAUUAUUUCUUCAAUGCGCUGCUGUUAGUGCUGCAAGCUCUGCACAUCUUCUGGGCUUAUCUGAUCCUGCGCAUGAUUUACAAGUUCAUGUUCAUGGGCAAGGUGGAGCGUGAUGAACGUAGCGAUGAGGAGAGUGAGGUAGACGAUGAAGAGGAAGAGGAUGAGCCCGAUGAAGAAGGGGAUGAGUGCAGCUGGGAGCAAAGAAAGGGCGCAAUCAACUCCAAACUGGCCUCGCUGGCUAACAACUGUGUCCUGAACAACCUGACCAACCAGAGAAAUAUCAACAGCAGGCUACCCAAAGCCAGAUAGUGAAACAGCCUCCUUCUACAUCUACCAGACCUCACUGGAAAAGAAAAGUUAUUCCCCCUUCCCACUUUUGAAGAUUAACUCAUGUCUGAUAUAUGAUACAAAUGGCUUAUGUACAUCCGACACGGUCCAUUGAUGAUUUCAGAUCAGGGUAAGUCUGCAUCCUGCUUAUUUUGAAAAAAGAUGGCAAAGUACAGAUGAUUGUAAAACUUAGCGUGAGACUAGGAAGAAAUGCCAUCACCCAUACCACUACAUAUGAUAUAUUGGGCAAAACAAAGGAGAAAUUUCCUUUACAACAAAUCAUAUGUGUUGAUUUAGCAGAUUUUGUAUUUAUACGGUUUCUUUUCAUUGUACUAUAAUAACUUGUUUGUAAAUACAUAAGGAUACAAGUACCUGGGCUGUACUAUAAUGCAUUUGUCCUUUCUUUGGUCAACAAGAGAAACUAAAUGUUUUUUAAUAAUAUGUUUUAAACAGAGCAACCCUAAGUUAGAAUUUAAUAGUAAUUCACUCCCACAGCUUUGUAACCACAUACACAAUAUGGUUGAUUGUACAUAGGCUAUUAAGAACAUUGAUUGUAGUAAAUCUGUUGAUAAUCCACUUUAUAUAUCUAUUUUUUAUGAACCAUUUACUCAACAGGUAAUUUUUAUGUUAUUGUAAUCUGUGACAGAAUAUGAAAGGCUACUGCAGAAAUUCCCGAGGGAUGAAAUAGUUAUAUUUUUCUGUGAUAGGAUUUGAUUUUGUCAGUUAUGUUUAAGCUCUUUGGCGCCCCCUGUUGGUUAAAGAAGAACAUGUCCUUGUCCACUCCCCAUGUCUGAUGACAUGAUGCCUUUACAAAAAAUUUACUGCUCCUAGAAAUAGUGUCUGUUUGUUUGUUUGUUUGUUUGUUUGUUUGUUUGUUUGUUUUUUCUACUUUAAUAUUAUUGUGACAGGCAACCUGAUUUCUGUUAAAGUUUGCUCAACUGGACUUUAGUUUUGUGCCUUGGCUGCUGUUUUAUUUUUUACACUAUUCUGUAACAAGCACUUGAUGUUAAUCUCUUUGUGUGAGUAGGACUACCUUUACUGGACAAACACACAAGCCAGACUGUGACUGGUUCUAAUGUUUUCUUUGAAAUGUUGGUGAUGCUGAUGGGCAUUAGUGAUGUAUUUUACAUAGUG